AUGAUCUCUGUGAAAUUUGCAAAUUUCAGCAGACUCGCUGCUCCACUCGGACUAUACUCGGCGAGAAGCCUUACCUCGUCAAUGGCGCUCAGAGCUGCUGCCACCACUAACGUGCAGCAGAUUAAGCAAUUGAAGGAUAAAAUCAAGAAGGAGAAGGCGGUCUUGAAAGAUUUGACCACUCGUCAUAAGGAAACAGUGAAGAAACACAAGCUUUUGCAGAAAGAUCGAGAGGCCAAGGACAAGUCGAAGGCCAAGGAGAAGAAAUUGUUGGAGCAGGCCUUCAAGCCAUACAGAAGCAUUUCCGGAUUUAACGUGUACGUGAAGGAGCAAGUCACUCCAGAGAGAUCUUUUUCGGAGGUUGCACCUCUUUGGAACACUCUCUCAGAUUCUGAGAAACAAGCUUACAAGAGAAAGGCUGAUGAGAUUAAUGAGAGACAGCUCAAGAUAUACACGCCUAAGCCCAAGCGUCCUGUGAACGGCUACGCCAGUUUCAUCAAGGAGAACUGGUUCGAUGGUGACAGCAAUACCUCGGUGAUGAAGGAAUUGAGCGUCCAAUGGAAGCAGUUGUCUGAGAGCGAGAAGAACGCGUACAAGCCAGAUGCUGCUACGUUCGACAAGUACACUCAGGAUUUGAAGGCCUGGAAGGAGCAUAGGUUGAAGGUCUUCCGUGAACACGGCGCUCCACAAAACUAA